AUGUUAAGAAAGUGUCCACACCAUGGAAUAGAAAAGUGGAUGCUGGUGCAUAAUUUUUUUAAUGGGUUGAAUGGAACGACUAGAACAAUUAUAAAUGCUGCAGCGGGAGGUUCCUUUAUGAGUAAAAGUGCUAAUGAGGCAUAUGAGUUAUUAGAGGAGAUUGCGAUGAAUAAUUACCAAUGGCCAACUGAACGGGGACAACCAAAGAAGGUGGCUGGAAUGAUGGAAUUGGAUGCUAUAUCCAUGCUUGCAGCUCAAGUAGCGGCCUUGACAAAGCAACUACAAAAGACUACACUCCCAUCUCAAGCUAUGCAAAUUCAAAACCUUUGUGAAGUGUGUGGUACAACCCAUCAACCCAACCAAUGUCCUGCUAUAGAUAUGAAUAACAUGCCCAUGGAAGAAGUUCAAGCUAUAGGCAAUUACCAAAGACAACCUAAUAACCCCAAUUCCAGGUCUUAUACCCCAGCUUGGAAGAAUCAUCCUAAUUUUUCCUGGUCUAAUAAUCAAAAUACUCUACAACCUUAUCCUCCACCUCAGCCACAAUAUCAACCUGCCCAAAAUAGGCCACCAUAUUCACAGCAAUAUGCACACCAAAAUCCUCCACCUGGCUAUUAUCAACCACAAAAUAGACCACCAAACCAAAUGCCAAUUAUACCAGCUGAAACCCAACCUGAUUUCCAAGCUAUUUCUUUGAGGAGUGGAACGAGGUAUGACGGGCCAAAGAAGAAUCAGUCAGAAGAAGAAAAAGGUCAGAAGGGAAAUACUCAAGGUAAAGAAGAAAAGAAGUUUAAUGAUGAAAAGGUUACUGAAGACCUUAAGAAAGAAGAGGAGACUCCACUUGUGAGUAUUGAGCACCAUGUUAGAAUUCCAUAUCCACAAAGACUUCGUAAGCAUAAUUUAGAUAAAUAG